GCCGCCGCCGCCGCCGUCGACGCACAUCGACGUGCCAGCGCGAAGAGAAAGGGAGACCCAGAGAGGGGAUGGUAUAGGGCGCUGCCGAGAAGAGUCCGACGUGGUUGACGUUGACUCUCGUUUCGUAGUAUUGCUCUUGCCGAUGGUGGUGGUGGUGAAGGUGGUGGCGGUGGCGGUGGCGGUGGCGGUGGCGGUGGCGGUGGUGGUGGCAUGGAUCGCUUCCAGUGUUCGCGCGGCCGCUCCCUGUCGCACACGGACUACUCACCCCGACGCUGCCGGCGUCGCGACGCUCCAGCUAUCGCCGCCGAAAACGUGCUCGGAGCGCGCCGUCACCGACCGACCGCCGGCUUCGUUCGUCUUACUUUUUAUUUUCUUCCAUCUUUCUCCUUGUUACCCUUUUUUUUCUACUUCUUUCGCAGUGACAUCGUGCGAGAUCGUACAAAAUAUAUGUAAAAUUCGGCCGAUCGUUUUUCGCGCAAACCCGACGCGUGGAGCGCGACGCGACGCGACGCGACGCGUUUCCUUUCUUUAAGAGAGAUACGGCUCGAUUCUGAUCUUACCUGACAGCUACCUCGGCCGAGGGCUCUCGUGUUACGGGUUAUCGACGUUCCUUGUUUUCUCCUCCAGGAAGUUUCUCGGGCGAAAGAAAGACGGAGUGUCAAAGUUUUCUAUCGUUGGCAGAGAAUAGUUCGAAGAAAAUUUCUGCUUCUGUCGCAUAAAACUCUGGUCGAGUUUCACGUUUCAAGGGCCAGAGUCUGCACGCGAUAACUCGUCCUCGCAUCGAGCAACGUUCUAGACAUAUCAAACGAGAUGGGAUCGACCAAAGAAGAGAGAGAUAUCAUUUUUUAUCGACGCGCAUAUCGCGACUCGUAAGAAGCCUUAUCGAUGACGAGCGACUAAAACCAACAAGUGUCUUAAAUCAACAAGUACCAACUACCAAGGUCGUCGUAGCGAGCGGAAAUCUACGCUAGUCCGUGGUGCUAACAGAGCAUUCUCCUUUCUACGAGCUAAAGAUCGGAAUCGAAAAGGAAAUUCGAGGGGAAAGACACUCGCGAUCCUCUCGCGAUCGGUCUCCCCGAUAAUCGAUGAGAGAAACGUGCUCUUCGUAUCGCGUUCGAACGAGUCACGAAAGUCGAUUGUUUUGAGAAGAGGAAGAGGAAGAGGAAGAGGAAGAGGAGGAGGAGGAGGAGGAAAAGGAAGAAGUAUCGUUAAAGGAGAUUCCAAAAGAACACGUUUUUCCACUUUUUCACGUAUUUAUCGUAUUUCUCUCGAGGAUCGUGACGAGCCACCGUUCAUCGAGAUUUCUCUUUUCACGAAGAAUAUCGAUCUCGAGUGUCGAGUACGAUCGAACGUUUGUUAUUAGCAGUAAGAAUAACGAUAUAAAUUCGUCCGAGUUGGUAUUCGAUAGCAAAGGAUACGCGCGAACGUUUCCUAACGGCCGCGGUCAAUCUCCCGAAGGACCGUCCUUCGGAUCCAACGAGGCUGAUUACUCCAGCAACGAUUGGAUCGGAGCCAACGAGGAGACGGUGCUUGCCACUUUCGAACACAUUUUCCUCCGUUAUUGCUUUCGUCGUUAACGAACUGCGCGAACUCGAGAAAAAUUAAAGAAAGGAAUUUUAUGAACGGCGAAUUCAAAUGCAAGACAAAUAUACGAAAGGAAGAAGAUAGAGAAUAAAAUAAGGAAGCUUAAGAAGGGUAUAUUUGACGGGAAUCAUUGGUGACCUCGAUCGGGCCUUAAUUGAAAAGCUCCCGAUAGGAGUCCGUCGAGAUAGUAUUAUCUCUCUCUCUCUCUCUCUCCCUCUCUCUCUAGCUCUCAUCGAUGUGGUCGAUCUCGUGGGAGUAUUAAGAUCCAUCCCGGCAUCUCUCCGUUAGCCUCGUUUCCUCCCUCAGCCGUAGAGAGCAUCUCGUAGCCAUCGAAUUCCAAUUAUGUCGCAACAUCGAAGAGGCUCCGUACACGGAGCUAGUCCCGUUCCAGGUCAUCCUCCUGCUAACAAUCUUCCCAUCUCCGCUCAUGAGAUUCAAACGAGAGGGAUACCUUUGCCCGGAAUGGUACCAUCGCGCUCGAUCCACGGCAGCCCGAUGCAUGGCAAUCCAAUUCAUGGGUUUGUCAAUCCACUCGGACCAGCCGGUAUCGUUCAUCCACCUCCCACGCAUCCAACGGCGCUCGUAUCCGGAAUUUCUCAUCGUCCGGGAGAGACCGCGCAUCAAGGUAGCGAUAAAGUCGUACAACAGGGGCCGACCUCGUCGUCCUCGGGCUCGCCUUAUUCCUCGCACGGUUCUCCGAUGAGAACACCGAUGAGUUCUGGUCAUGGAACGCCACAGGAUUCGCCGCAUGUGACGAGACAUCGUAGAGACUCGGAACACUCGGGUUCGUCGCCACCGAUCGGUGGUAUAUCGUCGAGACGCGGCUCUACCGACGUCAUUAUUGGACCUUCUUCGAUCCAGGAAGGUCAUCAUCAUCCCUCCGGAUCACCCGGUGCUCGUGCACGACGCCGAUCCGACUACAGCCCUCAUCAGGUAAAAAGAGAAAAAAAGAAAGGAAAGUAAAAAAAGAGCUGACUUUAUGAGGUUCCAAAGAAGGAUCUCCGUUUCUCGAGGAGGCUGAGAAAGUGGGAAAAGACGUGCGAUGUUUCCGAAAGUAGCAAUUCUCGGUCAAAGAUCGUUCCAAGUAGGAGGCAUUGGAAUUUUUGUGUUUGCCGAGGACGGAAAAGCCUCCUCUAUCCUGCGAAUUCGAAACUCGCAGAGUUUCGAAGAUGUAGAAGAUUUU